CUGCUCUUGUAAGAAACUAAGAAUGGUUUACGGUAUUUACUUAACACAGAUCAGGUAGAGGAUAAUGCAAGAGUACCUACUUCAUGAUUCUAACAAGUAACACCAGCUUUUCACGAUUUAAUUUCCAGUUGAAUAUUUAAAUAAUUUGGUGUUCUAUGUUAUGUGUGUUUUUGUUAUUGAUUUGUUAUAAACCUACGUUUAAGGACUGCUUGCAACAAGUUAAAUUGUAUAGGCCAUUUUCGUGAUAUUGCCUGAUACCCACUUGGUACACAAUGAGCCAAAAAGAAAGAAUAAAGAAAGCUUUGGGAAUCUCUGUAUAUCCAUGGAGUUCUGAUGAGGAGUCAAAUUCUGAUGAACCGGCUGCACAAGCAACUGAGCAAAGUGCUGAACAGAUGGAAACUACAGAUCAAGCUGGCACUAGUGCUGUUUCACCAAAUGAAACUCCAAGUAGUGCAGCUGCUGCAGAUGCAAGGUCAGAUCCAGAAAACCUCCGAAGGUUAAGAAAUAUAUACUGGAAGAUGCUAAAUCUGCCAAGGCAUAUGUUUGGCUCUCAGCAAAUAAACAGACGUGAUUUGGCCGAGAUGCGACGUUUAGGCCCCAACACUCCGAUAUCAAGUAUAGAGCGCGUGAUCGCUAUCAACAGAGUGUCCGAUUGGAACAGAUUAAGAAGGGGCCUCGCUUCAAAUGCUAAUAAUGUCGAAGAAGAAGAAUCAUCAUCUGAUGAUACGCCUCAAGACAAUACGACGGCUCCGUCAACUUCUAGAAUGACACGAAGAGGCGGGAGGCGCGUUAUGCUCGCUGGCACGAGUCAACAAGCCACGUCGAACGACCGUGAGCGGCCGGAGCGUCCCGGAACCGAAGGCUUUCAAAAUCAAAGCAGCACUUUGGAAACUAAUGAAAAUGAAGCAGCACCGGCAGAAGGGCAAGCCGCGGCCCCGCAAUCAGAAGAAGAUCAAUCGGAUAAUGAAGAAGAGAGUGAUGACGGUCAAAGAAGAUCUCCGGAAGCCAACCCCGAGGAGGCCGGGGCCGAGCCCUCGGCCAACGCGGGAACUGCUGAAAAUGAACCGCGUCAGGCGAACGACGAGGAAAACGAAGAAGAGAAUAAUGCCAGUAAUAAUUCUGAUGACGAGCAACGCCGCCGACGUAAGAGGAGAAGAAUAGUGACCCACGAGACCGCAAUUGCUUUGAAGAAAUUUAAUGAGAAGUUUCUGCGCGUUCUCGAAUGUCCGGUGUGUCUGGAGUGCAUGGCUCCACCGCUGAGGCAGUGCGGGCGCGGACAUUUACUGUGCUCGCGUUGUUGCUCCCGUCUCAACUCUUGCCCUCUGUGUCGCACGGGACUGUCGUCGGUGCGCAACCGGGCGAUGGAGGCCGUGGCCGAGCUGCUGAAGUACCCGUGUCGCCAUGGAUGCGGACAGGAGAGGCGCUUGAAGCACCGCGAGGCCCACGAGGCGAAUUGCUCCUCGCGGAUCUACAAGUGCCCCGCCACCUCGUGCACCGAAGGCUCUUCUAUGACUCUAGGGGACUUGCCGAGGCAUCUGCAGACGCGUCACCCGGCCAUGGUGAAACGCAGCCCCCGACACACGAUGAGGGUCCCGAUGAACCAGGAACACCGGGAGAACAUGGUGCUCAUGGUGGGACCGGAGAUGUUUCACCUCAGGCUGGACGUGGAGCAGCGGCGUGGACUUCACGUACACGUCGCGUACUUGGGGCCGGUCACGCGCGCGAGAUACUUCGCUUACGAGGUGUCGGUGGACGGAGACGAAAUGCGUAAACUCGUGUACACCCGCGUGACGCACAGCGACCUCGAGUGUUCGUCGGUGAUCUUGCGCCGCGUGGAUUGCUUCCACCUUCCCUUGGCCCAAGCCCCCAACUAUUUGCGCUCUCAGCCCGGGAACAGCGAGGCGAACGCGGGACAUUUGGAGCUCACCGUUCAAAUAUUGGUCAACGAGCAGAGGUGUACGAAUCUGAACGAGCCGGGUUCCUGAUUGGAGGGGAUCGUGUACGUCAGCGAAGGACGUAUUGUACGUUACGAGACGUGCCCCAUAGUAGACUAACUUAUUUGGACGUUUUAACUUGUGCUACGCGUGGGUAAACGCGUAAAUAAGUAGGUAAAUUGAAUGCUAAAGAAAUCACAAUUAUACCGUCGGCUACCGGCGUUAGGCCGUGCUGCCGUCGAACUGCAGCGGGUUUUCACCGCAAAAUGAAAUAAAGCCGGUUUCGGCGGUUCCUCGCUUAGCCUCGUGGGAACACUCGAGGCUCGUGUUAAGCGUGUAUAGACAUUUAAGUGUAAGAGAUCUCGUAUCGUAGGAUUUAAGGGACGCACAAAUCUGACCCAAACGUGAUAUAAACAAAGGCCGAUUCGUCUAUUCACUAAAUGUAUUAAAUGCAUUUAUUAUUUAAUGAUAGCGUAUUUGCAUGUUGUACAGUGUUCACUUGUAUUUUUGUCGACCUAAUUUAUUCGUGGUGGGCGGCGAAGGGACAGACCGCUCCAUCUAUUUCUACAUUGUUCGUAUAGCCCGUGUGUAUAUAAUAGAAAUUUAAAAACUUAAUGUAUUUUUAUAUCGUCAUAUUAAGUGCAAAUAAAGGAAUCAACCAAAAAAGUGGACGUUAAAACAAUUUUAUUAAAUAAACCAUAAACUUAACAUGUACAGUGGUUAUAUACAAAUACUACUGCUAAAUCACACGGAGUGAUCGUUUUGUUCAGUGCUAAAUUUAGUGUAGAUAAACAUUAUACAUUGCAAAUGUUUAGUUCGAUUUAAAGAUACUCGAGGUCCGUAUGCUAAUACGAAUCUCGAGUUCUCGUCUCGUCUUGUAAAUAUUUGAAAUUUUCUAGAAUAAGUUAAAGUUAACGGUCUCGUCGAAGAAAUUGUAUCGUGUCUCUGUUGCUAAUUAUAAUUAACGUAAUUGAAUACACAUUUCCAAAUUUUUGUCUCA